GGCGCGCGACUCUGCAACAGGUGAACUGCGUAUUCACACGCGCUCUCUCUCAUACACAUACACACACGCGAGCGCGCGCGCGGUAUCUAUCAUGGGGAAUCAGCAGCAGUCAUGCCGCAUCAUCGUGUCAGUUGCCAUGUUAUUACUGGCCACUGUUGGAAUUCUUCUGCUCGCCAUCAACACCGAGGACGUGAAGGAACCCGGAGACUACAUGUAUGGAAUCGUCCUGGAUGCUGGAUCCUCCCAUACAGCCAUGUUUAUCUACAAAUGGCCUGCAGACAAACAGAACGAUACUGGUAUUGUCAGCCAGCACAGCGAGUGCCAUGUGAAAGGAGGUGGAAUAUCGAGUUAUAUGGGUAAAAGAGGAGAAGCUGCUCGGAGCCUGGAGUUGUGCAUGGAGAAGGCUAUGCGGGACAUUCCCAAGGCAAGGCAUCCGGUCACACCUUUGUAUCUUGGAGCCACCGCUGGCAUGAGACUACUGAACAUUUCUAAUCCCAAAGAGUCAGAUGGGAUUUUAAAGGAAGUAGAAGAAAAGCUGAAGAGCUAUCCGUUUCGCUUCAAAGGGGCCACCAUACUGACGGGGCAGGAGGAAGGAGCGUAUGGCUGGGUCACCGUCAACUACCUGUUAGAGAACUUUAUUAAGUAUGGGUUUGUAGGCCACUGGCUGUCUCCUGGCAAAGAGACAGUCGGCGCACUAGAUUUCGGUGGUGCUUCCACUCAGAUUACAUUUGAAACGAAGGAAAACGUGGAGGACAAGAAGAACCUGAUGACGCUGCAGCUGUAUGGAAGGAACUACAGCAUCUACACUCAAAGCUUCCUGUGCUACGGCAGGGACCAGAUGUUACGCAAGCUGCUGGCUCACCUGGUUCAGUCUCAGGGCACAGACGGACCCAUAACCCAUCCUUGCUAUCCAGCGGGUCACAAUGUAUCCCAGUCACUGAACAGUUUGUUCGAUUCUCCGUGCACGGCACCCAACAAACCCACUCCCUUCAAUGGUGACCAGCAGCUUCAGAUCAUAGGCUCAGGGAACCACCAGCACUGCCUGGGGAACAUGUCUCAGAUCUUCUCUUUCACAUCCUGCUCCUACUCCAAGUGCUCCUUCAAUGGUGUCUUCCAGCCCAACGUUACUGGCAAAUUUAUGGCAUUUUCUGCAUUCUACUACAAUUACGACUUCCUCCAGCAGGCCACGAAAAUCACCGUCACUUCCCCCAAGCACCUAGAGGAGGCAGCCAUCACCGUCUGCAACAUGAGCUUCCAGGAGAUGCUGAAAGAAGUUCCGGAUCAGAUGAGCCGACUACAAGACUACUGCGCAUCCACAGUCUUCAUGCAAGUGCUUUUUCUGAAUGGUUACGGGUUUGAUCUGAACUCCUUCUCCCGCAUUUCCUUCCAGAAGAAAGCAGGAGACACCUCCAUUGGUUGGGCUCUUGGGUACAUCCUGAACCUGAGCAGCCUCGUGCCAUCUCAGAGCAUUUCUCUGAGAAAGGCCCUCUGUCCAGGAGCCUGGAGCAUGCUGGUCAUCCUCUUCACUUUCCUGCUCCUCGUAGCCAUCGUGUCUCUGGUGGUGGCCAUGUGUCGUAAGAAGAAAGGAAACAAUAACGUGCUAUGAUUAUGAUUGUUUGCAGUUUCUUUUUUUAAUGCACUGAAUAAACAGGAUGGUGGCAAAGGGCUGUUAAUGACAUCUGAAGUGAAAUCCUGAUUUCUGUAGGUCAGGCAAGGCGAAUAAAAUGUACAGUACACUGGUAUUUUAGGAGGUUUAAAUAAAGGUAGGAGAAAUGAUCAGUACAAAUUAGAGCUGUGGGGAAAUAAAAAGGUCAGAGGUGUCAUAAAGAAAAAAAACAUUCCUUUUUUAGAAUUAUUUAGGAUUUUUGUACAUUUCGGGUUAUUUCUAUGUAGCGUCUUUGAUAAAGAUUUGAAUUAAGUAACUGUUCUAAAAUAAAUGUUUUGAUGUAAAGAUUCUUUUUUAUGCUGAACUACUGUAUGACAUUAAAGAAUAGUUAUUUUC